UAUGUCAAACAAACAAUUUCAUCAUCAUUUAAAAAUAUUUCAGAUUUGUUUCCACUUCUAGAAAAAGAAAAAAACCGCUGACAUUUCCAUAUCUAAAAAUAUUAUGGAAGACUUUCAAUCUCAGGGCCCUACAGGUAGGGGGCGUCUCUCGUAAUCGAUCUGAACAUCUUCCAAAGAUCUGCAAUGGCGAUUCUGUGAUCCUUCUCGAUCUCGGCCAUUGUCGUGUCCUCGACUGCUUUUUCCACAGAUCUUCCAUUCCCCCGAUCGAUGCAUGCGGAUUGACUGAGGAGGAAGAAUGGAGAGAGCGACGAGCCUUGGGGUGAGAGGGGAGACAUCGGGGCUGAGAGAGACACUGUCGGCGCAGCAGGAGCUUCUGCACAAGCUCCGGCAUGAGCUGGACGCCGAGCGCGAGGCCUCCGCGACUGCUGCCAGCGAAGCCCUAGCCAUGAUUCUGCGGCUCCAGGGGGAGAAGGCGGCUCUGGAGAUGGAGGCGAGCCAGUACAAGCGCAUGGCCGAGGAGAAGAUGUGCCAUGCCGAGACCUCCCUCGCUCUAUUCGAGGAUCUCAUCUACCAGAAGGAGAUGGAGAUCGCUUCCCUUGAAUUUCAGGUUCAGGCUUACCGCUGCCGGCUCCUCAGCCUUGGAUACUCUGAUCCAGCCGUCCUCGAGAACAAAUUCCCGGAGAAUCUCUUCUUCUUGGGCGGCGAACCUUCGGCCGGAAAUCAGAAGCGGAAUUUGAACAGGCUUCUUUCGAGCCCGUUGGAUGGAAUUAGCAACGACAGGAGCCCCCUCCUUUCCGACAUUGAGAGCUUGGAUGAGAAGAAAUCUGGCGAGAGUUCAGUGUCUCCUCCUGGGGAUUUGAAUGCGUACUGGGAACAGAUCAAGAGAAUCGACGAGCAUGUUCGUGGGAUUUCUGAUUCAAGGGAUCAUCCUCCUCCUCACAAGUUUUCAAUGGCGAGGCGUGAAUCAAUGUCUCACGCCCUGGUUUCUCAGGUGAGCAAUGCCAUCCUAGAGACAGCCAAGAGCGACAUCAGUUGCAUCAUGGAGAAGAUGAAGAACUCCACGAGAGACACUCCUUCCGAAUCUCCUCCUGUCCCUUCUUCAAAUGUUCAGGACAUCUUUGAGGUCCCCCGGUCGAAAGAGAGCCUUUCAGCCGUCUCGGAAGACGGGGAACUCAACCAGAAAAAUAUGGAGAAACGCAGCGACAGAAGCCAGAAGAUGAAGGAACUCGAGAGAAGACUGAGUAAGCCGCCGAUGAGAGAGAUGGGCGUCGUCAAGACAGAACAUCUUAGUUUGCUGAAGGAGAUCAAGGAACAGCUCAACGUGAUGCAGUCUGAGAUGAGAAGCUUGAGAUCGGAGCUGCGGCAGCAGCCGAGGUCUCCUCCUCAGGAGGCGGAGGAGGGUCGAGCCCUUCAGUCGCUGAAAGAGGCAAGUUUCAUGUCUUCUUCUAUGGAUGUCCCGAAUUCUUUACAGGGAAAAAAAAAGAUGACAGAUUUUUUGUUGCUUUGAACAGGCCAUCGCUUCCUUUUGGCUAUAACCAGCUGCCCAGUUUCUGAUUUGGGUUUCUCUGAUGGAAGCAAUCUUUGAAGAAGGAGAGAGUGAUGUAAAAAAUACAAAAAGUACUCAUUUUUUUUUCUAUUUUCUUUGUAGAGGAAUUCAUUUUAAAUUUUAUCUCUGAUUCUAUGUUUGUGAUCCAAGUAUAUGUUUGUGAUCCAAUUAUUUAUUUGAA